GGCGACGGCGGCGUUGGGGGCGCGGAGCCGCGGGAGGAGGAGGGAGGAGAAUCUGUGAGUCGCCCAGAGGCAGCGCAGCGGCUGCUGUGAGGAGUCCGCGUGCGGAGCCGCCGGCGGCCCGACCGCUCGGGGCCGGGGCCUGGUCUGGGAAGGAGAGGCCGGAGCAGCGCCGGGAGCCUGAGGCCGGAGCCGAGGGGAAUGUGACCUGGGGUCGGCGGGGGCGCGGGAGUACGCGAGCGCAGGGAUGGGGCAGCAGGUGGGCCGCGUCGGGGAGGCUCCGGGGCUUCAGCAGCCGCAGCCUCGCGGGAUCCGGGGCAGCAGUGCAGCCAGGCCCUCCGGCCGCAGGCGGGACCUGGCGGGGCGCACCACAGAGGCCGGCUUCAAUAUCUUCACCCAGCAUGAUCACUUUGCCAGCUGUGUGGAGGAUGGCUUUGAGGGAGACAAGACUGGAGGCAGUAGUCCAGAAGCCUUGCACCGCCCCUAUGGUUGUGAUGUUGAACCCCAGGCACUGAAUGAAGCCAUCAGGUGGAGCUCCAAGGAGAACUUACUUGGAGCCACUGAGAGUGACCCUAAUCUCUUUGUUGCACUUUAUGAUUUUGUGGCGAGUGGUGAUAAUACACUCAGCAUCACUAAAGGUGAAAAGCUACGAGUCCUUGGUUACAACCAGAAUGGUGAGUGGAGUGAAGUUCGCUCUAAGAAUGGCCAAGGUUGGGUGCCAAGCAACUACAUCACCCCAGUGAACAGCUUGGAAAAACACUCCUGGUACCAUGGGCCCGUGUCGCGCAGCGCUGCGGAGUACCUGCUCAGCAGUCUGAUCAAUGGCAGCUUCCUGGUGCGGGAGAGUGAGAGCAGCCCUGGGCAGCUGUCCAUCUCGCUCAGGUACGAGGGCCGUGUGUAUCACUACAGGAUCAACACCACAACAGACGGCAAGGUGUAUGUAACUGCCGAGAGCCGCUUUAGCACCCUGGCGGAGCUGGUUCAUCAUCACUCCACAGUGGCGGAUGGGCUGGUGACAACAUUACAUUACCCAGCGCCCAAGUGCAAUAAGCCAACAGUCUAUGGCGUGUCCCCCAUCCAUGACAAAUGGGAAAUGGAACGAACAGAUAUUACUAUGAAGCACAAACUUGGGGGUGGGCAGUAUGGAGAAGUUUAUGUCGGCGUCUGGAAGAAAUAUAGCCUUACGGUUGCUGUGAAAACAUUGAAGGAAGAUACCAUGGAGGUGGAAGAGUUCCUGAAAGAAGCUGCAGUGAUGAAGGAGAUCAAGCACCCUAAUCUGGUACAGCUAUUAGGUGUGUGUACUUUGGAGCCACCAUUUUACAUCGUGACGGAGUACAUGCCCUACGGCAACUUGCUUGAUUAUCUCCGAGAGUGCAACCGAGACGAAGUGACUGCAGUCGUACUGCUCUAUAUGGCCACUCAGAUCUCUUCUGCAAUGGAGUAUUUAGAGAAGAAGAAUUUCAUCCAUAGAGAUCUUGCAGCCCGUAACUGCCUAGUGGGAGAAAACCAUGUGGUAAAAGUGGCUGACUUUGGCUUGAGUAGACUGAUGACUGGAGACACCUAUACUGCUCAUGCGGGAGCCAAAUUUCCUAUUAAAUGGACAGCACCAGAGAGUCUUGCCUACAAUACCUUCUCAAUUAAAUCUGACGUUUGGGCUUUUGGGGUACUGCUGUGGGAAAUUGCUACGUAUGGAAUGUCACCAUAUCCAGGUAUUGACCUGUCUCAGGUCUAUGAUCUACUGGAAAAAGGAUAUCGAAUGGAACAACCUGAAGGAUGCCCCCCUAAGGUUUAUGAACUUAUGAGAGCAUGCUGGAAGUGGAGCCCUGCCGACAGGCCGUCUUUUGCUGAAACACAUCAGGCUUUUGAAACCAUGUUCCAUGACUCCAGCAUUUCUGAAGAGGUAGCUGAGGAGCUUGGGAGGGCGGCCUCCUCCUCGUCUGUUGUUCCAUACCUGCCCCGACUGCCUAUACUUCCUUCUAAGACCCGAACGCUGAAGAAACAGGUGGAGAAUAAGGAGAAUAUCGAAGGGACACAGGAUGCCACAGAAAAUUCUGCCUCUAGUUCAGCACCAGGGUUCGUUAGAGGUGCACAGGCCCCCAGUGGGUCCCCAGCACUGCCUCGAAAACAAAGAGACAAGUCACCCAGCAGCCUCUUGGAAGAUGCCAAAGAGACAUGCUUCACCAGGGAUAGGAAGGGAGGCUUCUUCAGCUCCUUCAUGAAAAAGAGAAAUGCUCCCACACCCCCUAAACGCAGCAGCUCCUUCCGAGAAAUGGAGAAUCAACCCCACAAGAAAUAUGAACUCACGGGUAACUUCUCAUCUGUUGCUUCUCUACAGCAUGCUGAUGGGUUCUCUUUCACUCCUGCCCAGCAAGAGGCGAAUCUGGUGCCACCCAAGUGCUAUGGGGGGAGCUUUGCACAGAGGAACCUGUGUAAUGACGAUGGCGGUGGGGGCGGGGGCAGCAGCACUGCUGGGGGUGGGUGGUCUGGCAUCACAGGCUUCUUUACACCACGCUUAAUCAAAAAGACACUGGGCUUACGAGCGGGUAAACCCACAGCCAGUGAUGACACUUCCAAGCCUUUUCCAAGGUCAAACUCUACAUCUUCCAUGUCCUCAGGGCUUCCAGAGCAGGAUAGGAUGGCAAUGACCCUUCCCAGGAACUGCCAGAGGUCCAAACUCCAGCUGGAAAGGACAGUGUCCACCUCUUCUCAGCCAGAAGAGAAUGUGGACAGGGCCAAUGACAUGCUUCCAAAAAAAUCAGAGGAAGGUGCUGCUCCAAGCAGGGAGAGACCAAAAGCCAAACUUUUGCCUAGAGGAGCCACAGCUCUUCCUCUCAGAACCCCCUCUGGGGAUCCAGCCAUUACAGAGAAGGACUCUCCGGGGGUGGGGGUGGCUGGAGUGGCAGCUGCCCCAAAGAGCAAGGAGAGGAAUGGCGGAGCACGACUUGGCAUGGCUGGAGUCCCAGAGGAUGGCGAGCAGACAGGCUGGUCUUCCCCGGCCAAGGCUGCAGCAGCCCUCCCGACCACUCACAACCACAAAGUGCCAGUCCUCAUAUCACCCACUCUGAAGCACACUCCAGCUGACGUGCAGCUCAUUGGCACAGACUCUCAGGGCAAUAAAUUCAAACUCUUAUCUGAGCAUCAGGUCACAUCCUCUGGAGACAAGGACCGACCCCGACGGGUAAAACCAAAGUGUGCCCCACCCCCACCACCCGUGAUGAGACUACUGCAGCAUCCGUCCGUGUGCUCAGACCCCACGGAAGAGCCGACCGCCCCCGCUGCAGGACAGCCCACGUCAGAGACACCGGAAGGAGGGAAGAAGGCAGCUCCAGGGGCAGUGCCCGUCAGUGGGAAAGCUGGGAGGCCAGCGAUGCCUCCGCCUCAAGUGCCUCUGCCCACCUCUUCCAUCUCGCCGGCCAAAAUGGCUAAUGGCACAGCAGGUACUAAAGUGGCUCUGAGAAAAACCAAACAGGCGGCUGAGAAAAUCUCAGCAGACAAAAUCAGCAAGGAGGCCCUGCUGGAAUGUGCCGACCUACUGUCCAGUGCAAUCACGGAACCCGUGCCCAACAGCCAGCUGGUGGACACCGGACACCAGCUGCUCGACUACUGCUCAGGCUAUGUGGACUGCAUCCCCCAGACUCGCAACAAAUUCGCCUUCCGAGAGGCUGUGAGCAAACUGGAACUCAGCCUGCAGGAGCUGCAGGUGUCUUCAGCAGCUGCUGGCGUGCCCGGGGCAAACCCUGUCCUUAAUAACUUAUUGUCAUGUGUACAGGAGAUCAGUGAUGUGGUGCAGAGGUAGCCACUGUUAGCCUAGUGGGAAGGUGCUCACAUUUCUGAGGGGAGAGGGAGAGGGGCUUGUUUUCCUGUGUUCUUGUUUUCAGAGAAUGAAAGACUGAUACUUGA